UUCAUUUCCCAAUAUAUAAAGGACUGGACCAGCAUUGUAUCCAGUAUAACUGCUGGCCCUUUAACAGUUAUCCCAAGAUUCUAUGAUGUAUUAACUGAUGCUUAACAGUAUUCAAGGGUUACGGCUGGACCAGGUAAGAUGAAGAGGCUGGGGUGGUGAAAGAAGAUCUGUCCUACUUAAUUAAUCUAGCAGGAGAAAAGAAAGGUAGUCCCUGAAUGUUGGGAUAAGCAACCUUUAAGCUUUAACUUCCUGUGAAAUUGUUAGUUCCAGGAAUAUAGACUCAAAAAUGUCAAACUAGGAGUAGUGAUUUUUCUUUGAAAGGAGAGUAUUUUGGGGUCGGGUGGAAAUGUGAAGGCAUGAAUCCUUUCAAAUUUGAUCAUAGAACAAAUAUUCUUCAAGAAUAAAAACAUGAUUAAAUUAUAUUCUGUGGCAGUGAAGCGCUGUUGUUGUUUUAAGAAAAGGGGCUUAAGUUCAGAUUUGUCCUUUAGAAAGACCGUUCUUGGUAUAUGUGGUGUGGAGAGUGGAUUAGACUGGGCAAGAAAAUCUCUCAGUUUAGGAAAUAGUACUGUUAAUGGCACAGAACAGAACAACAUUUUGUUCUGUUAUACAUAAGGUCACCGCCAUAAGUCCGAGCCAACUCCAUGGCAACUGACAACAAAGCGAUAACGGAGAGAUUGGAUGAGAGAGGGAGGAAUUGAAGAAGAUUCCUCGGUUUGUUAUCUGAGCAACUGGGAGGAUGGUGAGGCCAUUUACUGACACAGAAAACACAGGUUAAAGUGGAACAGGUAUGAGAGUAAAAGAUGAUGAUUUAAUAUUUGUGAAGAAAUGGAGCAACGUUCUGAAUUACCUGAGGCUUUGGUGUAGGUUCUGAGCUUUCUCAGUAGUAAGAUAACUUUCCAAUUCUUUUUUCUCAGGAAAGGGUAUAUGUAUGUGUCAGUUUGUUUUCUGUUGCUAGGGGAGAGGAUUGCUGCGGAGACUAAUGAUGCCAUAAUUUCCCUUGUAAACUAAUUCGAACAUUCUAGUGGGUCUGGCUCAGUCUUCACUCUGAAGGCCACUUAAAACCACCUGAUCCUGGUAAUGGCAUGUGAUGUGUAGAAAGUGUGUGUGGGGAUGAGCUGUUGUAGUGCUUUUUGUUCUGCCUUGUUUUUACUCUUCUAAGAAGGAUGAGUCUAGAAUUCUCCCUUUCCAAUUAUAUUAAGUCCAGUAUUGAUUAUGUCUGUUUCCAUGGUCCAAGGGAGCACAGUUGUCCCAAUUCUUGGUAGAAAACACACAGAGGGCUCCCCAAAGUAUUUUAAAUGACAUUUAGUCAUUUGAUUAUUUGGAGUAAGAUAAUGUUAAAUGUUAUAUUUUUCCUUUUUAGGGUGGCAAUUUCCAAGUAUUAGAAGGCGGAGAAAUGACUUUCAUCCAUCUGGAUAGCAGAUGCCUCUUUACCGUUCUUAUUUGCACAUCAUUCUGCUACGUUUUGUCUUCAAACCCUGAGAUAAAAGUUAAUCCUCCUCAGGAUUUUGAAAUAGUAGAUCCUGGCUAUUUAGGCUAUCUUUGUUUGCAAUGGAAACCUCCGCUGUUUCUGGAUAAUUUUAAGGAAUGCACAGUAGAAUAUGAAUUAAAAUACCGAAACUUUGGUAGCAAAAUCUGGAAGACCAUUAUUACUACGAAUCUAUAUUACAAAGAUGGGUUUGAUCUUAACAAGGGCGUUGAAGCAAAGAUCCACACACUUCUGCCACAGCAGUGCACAAAUGAAUCAACAGUUCGGAGUUUGUGGUCAGAGGCUACUUAUUGGACACCACCACAAGGAAAUGUGGAAACUAAAAUUCAGGAUAUGGAUUGUGUAUAUUACAACUGGCUAUAUUUAUUCUGUUCUUGGAAACCUGGCAUGGAUGUCCCUCUUGAUACCAAUUACAAUUUGUUUUACUGGUAUGAUGGCUUGGACCACCCAAUGCAGUGUGAUGACUAUAUGACGAUUAAUGGACAAAAUACUGGAUGCAGUUUUCCCUCCUUGAAGUCACCAGACUAUAAAGAUUUCUAUAUCUGUGUUAAUGGAUCAUCACGAUCCACGGCUAUCAGACCCAGCUACUUCAUUUUUCAGCUUCAAAAUAUAGUUAAACCUUUGCCACCAGACUACGUUAGUCUUACUCUGAAGGAUUCAAAUGAAGUUAUCCUGAAAUGGAGCGUGCCCGCAGGUCCCAUUCCAGCGGCAUGUUUCAUUUAUGAAGUUUUAGUAACAGAAGAUGAUACAACCAGGGUGUCUACCACCAUUGAAAAUGAAAUGUGCAUCACAAGAAAAUCAAAUAAAAGCAACCAAGUGUGCUUUUUAGUAAAGAGCAAAGUGAAUAUUUAUUGUUCAGAAACUGGAAUUUGGAGUGAAUGGAGUGAAGAACAAUGCUGGAGAGGUGACAUAUGGAAGGAAACUUUGAUAUAUUUCAUGGUACCAUUUGGUUUUGUCUCAUUACUUGGUUUGUUAAUAACUCUACUGAUUUUGUUUAAGCAAAGAGCUGUACUUAAUACGCCGUGUCGCCGCCCCGCCCUUCCGGACCAGCUGGGCCCCCUCCCGGGGUUAGUUCAGGGGAGUAGGGCUGCGCCCUGUGUUUGUGCCGUGACCGGAUGCCCUGUUGAGCUCCCCUGUGCCCAGUCCAAAGCCCGGCACCAAGGUUCCGUGGCUGGGACACUGCACUCCUGGCUCCAAAACCAGUCACUGCCUCCCGGGAACUUCUCCUCCCACCAGCCGCAUCACCACGCCGCCUGCUCGGACCGCCUGUGCCCCCUCCCGGGGUCAGUUCAGGGGGGUAGGGUUGCGCCCCGUGUUUGCACCGUCACAGAUGUCGUGUUCAGCUCCCCUGCGCCCAGUCCUAAGCCCGGCGCCAAGGUUACCUGA